AUGUCCUCGCUACCACCACCACCGUUUGGAACGCCCAUGGACCAGAGCGUUGACUCGGACGAGCCACCACCGCUGCCAUCAGACGCAGGUCAGACGCUUUACGUCCAAAACCUCAACGAGAAAGUCAAGCUCGAAACCAUGAAAGCCACUCUCGCCAACCUCUUCUCCAACUACGGCACCGUCCUGUCGGUCGUAUCGCACACCAACCUUCGAAUGCGAGGUCAGGCGUUUGUCUCGCUGGAUGACGUCAAAGCGGCGGACAAAGCUCGACGCGAAGCACACCUCUUUCCUCUGUACGGUAAGGCCAUGAAGAUUAGCUUCGCCAAGUCCAAAUCGGACGCCGAGGUCCUGCAAAAGCUCAAAGAUCAGGGCGGACAAGAUUCCGAAGAGUUCAAGCAGCACAAGGAGCAAAGACUGGAGCACAAGAAGAUGGCGAGAAGAGGCAAUGUGCUCCGAAGAAGGGAGCUCGAAAAGAAGAACAGAGCAAGGAGAGCUGCCGCCGGAGAGAUCGCAGAGCCUGAGAAGGCAGCAGCUAAAAGGGCCCAACACGAGAUGCCCGACGAAUACCUUCCUCCCAACAAGAUGCUCUUCUUGCAAAACAUCCCAGAUGGCGUCGGCAAGGGGGAGCUGGAGAGCUUAUUCUCAGCAUACACGGGCUACGUCGACGUUCAAACGAUCCCUGGCAAGGCCGACAUCGCCUUCGUCGAGUAUUCGGAUAUUCCGUCAAGCGCAACUGCUCGUGGCGCACUCAACGGCUACAAUUUUGGUGCUGGUGACAAGCUCAAAAUCACAUUCGCAAGAGCAUGA